GUCUGCCAGACCCGCUCAGCCAAAACCAUCUCCAAGGUGGCCUACCACAGCGGGGUGGUGAUCGUGACCUGCCCGCGCUGCCGCAGCCACCACGUCAUCGCCGAUAACCUGGGCUGGUUCUCGGAUCUGGAGGGGAAGAGGAACAUCGAGGAAAUCCUGGCAGCCAAAGGGGAGAAGGUGAGACGUGUGGCUGGUGAGGAAGCCUUGGAACUGCUUCUGGAAAGCUCAGCAGACACUGGCUCUCAAGGUCAGCCCGCAGAGGGAGAAGGUGGGGAAGCCCUCCCAGAGACUGGCAGCAAGGGACAGACAUGA